GGUAAAGAAGAUUAUGAAGAAUUGAAAGCUUGCCUUGGACAUACCUUUCAAGAAAUUGAUGAGUUAAAAGCAGAAGGAGUAUCAAUUGAUGGGGAGCACUUUGAUGUUGAGUGGUAAACAAAAUCCUCAGAUGCUAACAACUAAUGACCUUAAAGGUGUUUACUGGUUAAUUCAUGUUUAAUAAUUUGUUUAUUAACAGGUAUUGUUGCUCUGACUGGAAGUUUUUGGCCCUUGUUUAUGGACUAAAUGGAGCUAGCUCUAAAUACUUUUGUAUUUGGUGUUAUUGCUGCAAGGACCAAAUUAACAACCUUGAUAGUAAGAAGGGAGAAUUUCUUCUUGAAAUUUUGUAUUUUAAAUUCAUCUUCAUCAUCACAGAGCCAACAACAAGCAAGUUUAUAAUAGAAAUAUAUAUUGUGAUAUUUUUCCAGUUGAUGACUGGCCAAUUGAGAGAAAGCUAUCAGAGUGCACUUGGUUGUGCCAGCGCUCCACCACAGCUGCAAGGAAAGGCUGCACAAUGCCUCCACUUCUUAACAUCCCUUUUGAGUUUGUUGUGGUGGAUACAUUACAUUUAUUUUUAAGAAUAAUGGGGCUACUAUUCCAUCAGGUGAGCCCACAUGCAUCAUAUAAAGAAAUGCCAUUUUCUCAUGCAAACCCUUUGGAAAUUUUUCCAGGAGAAAACAGACACUUAUUAAUUUUGUGUUAUUUAUUGUCUCAAUAUAGGUUGUUGAGGUUGUUGUCAACAACGAUUGCCCAGACAUUCUGUCAAAAGAAAUGGAGAGAAUUCAGGUGGAAUUCAAGUUUUAUGAGGAGUACAACAGACUGGCAGAAAAAACAGAAACAAAGUGGACAAGUCUAAAUGGCACUUUAAUAAGUUAACAAUAUAUCUACAGUUGUUAAUAACAUAGCUGGCAUGGCUGCACAAUCAAAUUCAGUAUGCAUUUAUAACCUAUGAUGCACUCAAGAAGAGAAAAGUUUAUCUUGGCUAUUAUCUUAUUUUAUUAAUAUUUAAAUUUUCUUUGAAAAUCAGGGAAAGAAUUGCAAAAGGUUUUGGAGAAACUCGAUAUUAAGAACGUUAUGGAAGCUGUUGGCACCGAAGAUGCAGAGGGCAUAGACAAUCUGUGGAAAGUAAGUUGGAAUUAACCUGCAAAUAUCAGGCAUCAGUUUUAUUGAAAAAUUCCUCAACUAUCAAGUAAAACUUUGGAGAAAACUUUUUUAUUUUCUGUCAAGUGGCAACCCCUUUUUGAUAAAGACAAUUAAUAAUGAUGUCUAAUUGUUAUCUGUAUUUGCUUCUUGCUGUAGGGUUUUCAGACUUUGAUGCGGGCGCUACAGGUUCAAGAAAAUGAUCCAGACUACCUUGAGCCUCAGCACUUUAAAACAUAUGUGCGGGAGUGGGGAAAGCUCUUUCUUGAAAUGUACUAUGAUGAUGACAUCACCCCCUACAUUCACAGUAAGUCAACAAAAAUUUAACUCUUAAGGAAUGUCUUCCUGGAUGGAAGUAAUGAUGAUGAUAUUAAAUAAUAAUUUCACAAUGCAUCUACUAUUUAUUAUUAGCAGAUAAAUAGGCCUGGAAGUUAUUGUAAUUAUAUAAGUAGGAAGCUUUUAAGUGAAACUUUGUGGUAUAAAAAUAAAUAAAAUUAAAUAUUACUCUCAUUUUUCAGCAUUUGUAUAUCAUGUACCACAGUUUUUGGAGAUGCAUGGUACUUUGAUGCAGUUUAAUUGCCAGCCUGUGGAAAAAGCCUGUUAA